GAUGCGCAAGCUCGAAAGCUACGACGGAGGCCUCAUCGUGCAACCGAGCCACGAGCGCGAGAUCCUCGCUGCUGUCCUCGAGGUGAAGGUGGACUUGAAGCUGGAGGUGCAGCGGGUCAACCAGCGGCUGGCCAAGAUCGAGGACAUGCUGCAGGCGCUGCUGACGCGAGUGCCGCCGCCCGUCCAGACGACCACGAUAGCGACCUCGCCGCUGCCGAGCGUGACCUCGCCUUUCUCGCCACCGCCUCAGCCGUCACAGCAAUCGUCGCCGCAGCAGGCGACCUCGAGGAACCUGAGUGCGAUGGUCGCGGCCAUGUCUUCCCCGUCGGGUCCAACGACGCCGCAGAGCCCGGUCGGCAGCGCGCCCGGCCAGGCCUCGGUUACCACGAGCCCCUGCCAGGAGAGCAAGCCCACGGCUGUUGGGCCGCCCCCCCAGGCCACCAGCAGUGCUCGCGAGAGGUAUGUCAGUCCGGGAUACGAAUAUAAUAUGGAGGUCGGAGCAA